AGGAGGGAGGGAAAAGUUUUCUUUUCUCUGCUCGGAGAAAGAAGGAGAGAGAAAGGGAGGAGGGGCGCUGAGAAACAGCUCAGCCAAGCGUGCAAAAACCGAACUGGGCGAGGAGGGACAGACAGACAGACACCAGACUUCAGCGUGGAGGCACGAAAACGGAGACGCGCGGAUGACCUGCGACGAGGAAAGUGAGGAAAGUUGAGCAGAAAGGAAGGAAAAACGGGACGAAUUCGACUUCACGGGCUGGGAUGCGCCAGGAAUGCGAACUCCUGCGCUAAGGGUUUCUGGGAAAACUGCUCUUUAUCUCUCUCUCUCUGUUUUUCCAAGGUAAUCUGAUAAGCGCUGUAGCCUGCAGGCCUCCUGAGCAGCCUUUUCAAGUUUGCUUAAAACUUUUUUUCAUGCAGUUUUUCAUUAUUAAGGAUUUUACUUGGUGAGCACCACCUAGUAGUGUGGAAUGUGGAGCACACUUGGAUUUCUUGGGCUGCCAAAUGUGGAAGAAAGCUGACUUUGCAAAUCCGUGAGUCGCAGGGGACCCCCAGCAUGGAGGCCCCAUGUGGCCCCCCUGCGCUCUUCUUCUCCUUCUCCUUCUUCAUCUUCACCUCGCUCACGCUGGCUCUGAAUGGCCAGUUGGUCUGCUGGCAGGCCUUGCUGCAGUGCCAUCAUGAGCGAGAUUGCGAGCUGGCCUAUAAGCAGUACCUGACAGCGUGUGACGGAAACCUGAGGGGGGCGAGGAGGCAGUGUCCGAGCCACUGCGUCGGCGCGCUAAUCCGCCUCAACCAGACGGCCAGCGGGCCAGACCUGGAGACCUGUGACUGUGGCCAGGACAUGGAGUGCCGCAUGGCCAAAAACGCCAUUGAGCCCUGCCUGCCCAGAACUCACCCCGGCGGAAUGGGCUGCACUGAGGCCCGGCAGCGCUGUGAGGACAACCCCAGCUGCCGGAAGUCCCUGAACGCCUACCUGUCCUCCUGCGGUCAGCUUUUCAACGGCAGGAAGUGCUCGGCCCGCUGCAAGGCCACCAUCGAGGAACUGCUGUUCAUGCCUGACGGCGUCAUGCUGGACAAGUGUAUAUGUGAUGGAGUAGAGAGGCCGUUUUGUGAGGUGGUCAAGGAGAACAUGGUCAGGCUGUGCUCCGUCGGCAACCAUGGAGUGCACACCGACCAAGACAGCCUGGACGAUGCAUAUGAGGAUGAGGAUUACGAGGUUAAAGGCGAGCGGGAGAUGGAUGUGGACGCUGCGGUGCAAUAUUCGGGGGCCAAGCACUUCUCAAGCCAUAUAGUUCUGGUCUGGGGGUCACUCUUGUUGACUUUUCUUGGGGCUUGAGCACCUCAAGCUCUUCUGCGUGGUCAGGGCAAGCUAGAUGACUAGGUGGCAUGCACUGGGCUCUGAAGCUGGACUGGAUGAAGUUUUGUUAAAACAAAAUUAUGAGCGCUACCAGAGGGAUAGUAAGGGUCUUAUGAAGGUGCUCUAUGGAUAGGAGGUUAAAAAAGUGCAAGAAAUUAAUGAAUUUCAAUAGCAGUCUUCAAGAAAUUGAAUGUCUAAAUAUAUCUUGCGUAUCCAGUCUGGUAUGGAUUGCCUUUUUAUAAAAGACUUAAGCUACAGGAAUAGGAACCUUGUGUUCCAAGAGUGAAGCUAAAAACUUCUUUUUUCACUGAAAUAUACCUUAAUGGAAGAUAUCUGGGUUUUUCAACCUAUUCGGUGUGUACCAUAUCAGUAUGAUAUGGUCGAUCACCAGGGACAGUAACGUCAGUUUUCCUAGCGCUUAGUAAAGAACAGAAAACAUGUGGACUCAAACUUACUUAGUAUAGAAGCCAGUGGGUAGUUGUGAUGGCUGCAAUGGUUGUAGUAUCAAUUUUGUGUUAUACAAUCACAUAUUUCAAGCAUUUAUUCGUGGAAUUCAGCAGGUGCCCAUUGGCUUCUGUUAUAAGUGCGUUUUGCGUCAACAGGUUUUCUGCUUUUUUUCAAAGUACAAGAAAUGUGUCAAAAUUAUCGCCUGUGGUAAUUGACCAUGUGCCACAGAUGCAGCAGAUAGGGACUGAUUUGAAAAUCGCUGAAGUAUCCCUUUAAUCUUCAAGAUUUGUGGCAUUGAGAGAGGUUAGUUUGAUGAGAGACUAUGAAGAUGUAAACUGUUCUUUCCCUCCCACUCUCUCUCUCUUUCUCUCUCUCUCUCUCUCUCGGGUUGUUUCACCCCAUUGCUGCCUGAAGUGUGUCUUCUUUUUUUUUUUUUAAGUAAGACUUAAGACAAACAGUGAACUUGCUUGGUGGGUGUUUGCGGACCUCUUGUUGCCCACACGCUCAUUGUGGUGACUAUUACACUUCAAAUAUUUGCAGUGGACGGCCAGAGAAAAGAGCAGGUUUCGGGAUCAAGUUGUUAAAUUAAGUGGAGAGGCUCUUCACAGGCUACUAAAUUGCGCCCCCCCUCCCUUUCCCACCCCCACUCACUCCAUUUUCUCUCUUUCUCUGUCUCUCUCUCUCCCUCUCUCAUUUCACUGAAUCAUCCCCUGGCAUGACCUCUUUCCUCUCUUUCUCUCCCUCCCCCAUUCCUAGAGGAAAUACUUGAUCUCUUUCUCUCCCUGUCUCUCUCUCACUCUCUCUCUCUUCUCACUCUCUCUCUCUUUUCUCUGCUUCUGAGCUGGGCCAUUGUUUGUGCUCUAAAGUAAUUGGGCUUUAUGAAAUUUCUCUCGCACAUGGAAAGCUUGACCGACUUGUAAGAAGCUAUUUUCUGCUCGAGAUUUGAUUAAAGCAGCAGAACCCCCUCGUUCCGUAACGUCAAACAUCUGCUGACUUUUCGGCCUUGCUUGGAGAGAAGAUAAAUGAAUGAACAAUGCGUUUGGAGAUUUUUUUUUCUGACUAACUCGAAGAACCGUCCCGCCAGUAGUCAGCGGUUAUCUACGUUUUUGGCUGUAAAGCUCUUCUCUCGUCUGCAUUCGAAUCAGGAAUUAACCACAUUAGGUGUGUUAACAUUGUAACAGUUUAUAGUUGGAAUAAUGAUCGAAUGUCAUACGUUCUUUUGUUGAAUUGCUGCAAAAUUUGUAUGUACAGAAAGCAAUAUAUUUAUGUUUUGAACAAUAUGAAGGAAUAAAAUUGAAUGUGAAUUGUCCACGUAAUUGCUUGUCCAGUUGGUUCAUUUGCUAAG